CUUUCUCUUCUUCCCUUAUUAAUUUCCUCUUUCCUGUUAAUGGCGACAGAGCUUUCGUUAGAAUUAGAUCGCCUCUUCUUUCCCAUUUCCGUCCCCAAUUUCUCUCAAUUUAUUUAGAAUUUAUUUGGACUUUCGCAUGUAUUGAAUUGUUUUCUAUAUCAUGAUCGGUGAAUUAAGAUUGUACUGAUUAUUGAUUGGAAGAAGGCUUUCUGUCAAUGUACUUUUUUCUCCUUAUUUUUUUUUGAAUUUGGAUCUGUUAUUAUUAUUAGGGACUGUUUUUUGAAGAUUGGUAAGAAUAUUGGGUUUCUUUUCUUAACUUCUUACAUACAUUUUCAUGGAAUAUACCUUCUGUUUGAUUGAAAUACUUUUGGUUUGUAGUUUUUGAUUGUUCACUUUUUAUUUUCUAAUUCUGGGGUAAUUUUUAGCUUGUCCUGUUAGAAUUUUCAAGCCAAUUCGAGCUCUUGUCGAGUUGAGUAAAUCGAGCCUUAUCGAGUCGAACUUGAGCCAACUUCUUACUUAUUCGAGUCGAGCUCGAGUGUACAGUAAUCGAGCCUGACUCGAUAAGUUCAAUGUUUGACUCGGCUCGGCUCGUUUGCACCCUUGAUUAUACAAAACAAAAAAAUCCAUAAAUUACAUGAAUAUCAACUCAUUGUGGGCAUCACUUAAAUUGUUCACCGUGCGCAAGCACGGUGUUCUUCUGCUAGUUACUAUAUAAACUCGGAAUUCUCUUGCAAGGUUGUUGGGUUUAUCGCAUUUGGGGAGAAUCGUCCCUUCAAUCAAAAUCAUGGAGGGGUGGGAUCAGACGACGAAAUCAACGCUAACCCAGAUCCCAUUACUGACCACAAAAGCGGGUCCACGUGACGGGGCGGCGUGGACGCAGCGGCUGAAGGAGGAGUACAAGGCGCUGAUAGCUUAUACCUCGAUGAAUAAGUCCAAUGAUAACGAUUGGUUUCGGAUCUCCGCUGCUAACCCGGAAGGGACCCGGUGGACCGGCAAGUGUUGGUACGUUCACAACCUCCUCAAGUAUGAAUUCGACCUCCAGUUCGAUAUCCCGGUAACUUAUCCAGCUACAGCUCCCGAACUUGAGCUGCCUCAAUUGGAUGGCAAAACUCACAAGAUGUAUAGAGGUGGGAAGAUUUGCUUGACAGUGCAUUUCAAACCGCUAUGGGCAAAGAAUUGUCCUAGGUUCGGAAUAGCUCAUGCACUGUGUUUGGGCCUUGCACCAUGGCUUGCAGCAGAGAUUCCUAUACUUGUGGAUUCCGGCAUGAUUAAACACAAAGAUGAUGCAGCCUCUUCCAGUGAGGUUUAAUUACUUAAAAUUGUAUCCUAGAUGAGAUAGACUCGCUAUACAAGUUUUGGAGCUCUCAGCUUGGCCUAAUUAAAUAAAUGCCAUGCUGUAUUGAGAUUGUUGAUGAGGAGUCUUUGGAGAUGUACAAGUCAAUCAUAUAUGCUAACAGACUGGUUUGAGAGGCUUCA